GAAUAUAAUUCCGAUAUAAUUAGGGAUCGGUAUUUGACCAAAAAUUUUGAUUUACUUAAUAAUUUUAGCCGAGAAUCUUAUUCUGAAUGUUCUGAACACCUGUUUACAAGCCAGUGUCUUAUUGAGCUGCCUGGAGGAGUUGUGUUAUGCUCUUCCUUAAAUAUAGAACCAAAUACAGUCUAGUUGAGAUUGAAGAAACAGCGCCUCUGCUGGUUGCAGCCAAGUAGUGCAUUCCAUUUUUUUCCCCUCAAUCGCUUCAUAAGGAUUAACUCCAAGCAGAUUUAUUAUGUAUCUUAGUGUACAGAUUGUUAUAACAGAUUUAGAAAAUAUUUUCAUUUUUUUUGCUUGUAAAAAAAGCAAAAGUAAUUGAAAUAAAAAUCAAGCAAUCGUGAAAAUAAUGUAAUGUUUGAUUCCCCCGUCAUAACUCGUGUAUAGCGUUUCAAGAAACGACAAUACAUUUUAAUUGCACAACUAAAACGCGCCACUCAUCACAACAACGAUGAUGAUUAUCCAUCCCAUUCCGGCGGCCUGUUAUUGUGUCAACAUGAACAGAUUACUGCGUCCCUGCUGAUGUACUGACUUUCUGUUCAGCAAAGGAAAGCCUGUUUGUUACGCUGGAGAGUUCAGAAGAAAAGAGAGGCAAGCCGUACCCGGGCGGCCCAUCUCACUCUGGAAUACAAUUGAAGCAACCCAUCACUCCCCCGCCGCCCCUGUUUUUCCAUUCGGUUUCAUCACACAGCUUUUUUUAGUCAUUAAUAUCUGGGAAAAGUUCAGGAAACGGAAUAUGAAUUAAAUCCAUAAAUGUACUACUUGUACUUGUUGUGGCGAGCCGCUCCGCUUUGUUUGGGAAUUGAACUGAUGACAUUUGGCGCAUGAGAGGUCAAGGGAGGUGACAGGAGUGUGUGUGUGUGUGCGGGUUGAUCCCAGUGGGAGGGAUACGGAGCGCCACCCCUCUUUAAAACAAAUCAUCCCGUCAGAGCAUUAGACCCCAUGUCAUCAUUCCCGAGCAGGAAAGGAAAUUAACCAUUGACUGAAGGAGCAAGAUUCAGUGUGAAUUAUGGAUUUAUGGCCUAAAAAUCAAGGACUGCUCCCCCCAUAUAUGAGAUAUGGUACUGUUCCUGGCAGGAGUCAAACGUUUAACCUCGCCCAGACCCUAGCUCCAGUGGCCCCCAGCUACCACGAUAGAAACCCGGUGAUCCACUAUCCAUCGAGUAACCACGACGACCAGCGGAAUCACGUCAGAGAGUCCAGCCACUGGUCUUUACCGAGAUCAGGAACAGCUGGAUCUCGACUGGACUACACAAAGUGGACUGACCCUCAAUUGUUUACGCCGACUUCUUCUUCUCAGCUGCCUUUUGUUUUGGAUUAUCGUUCUCAGCAGAACCUCGCCGAUUAUGAACCUUCGGAAGUCAGGGAAUGCGUAACGGGAGAUUAUGGGAGAAGCUACCAGAGAAGGUGGGAGGCUUCCAAGAGAGAACUGGAAGCCUGGGCUGCCCGUUAUAGCCAUUCGCUUCCGAGGAGGAGACGUAUCGAGACGGAGCAAAGGGGGGCCUCCCAAGGUCUGUUGGAGAGGAGAAGAACCAGGAUAGACUCUUGCAUGGUGGCACAGCAGCAAAUCGGGCAAUGUACAAACACAAGAGAAGAUCCAGCACAUUGGGAGAUAGCUUCACCAGAAGCUCCUAAUCCCAGCUAUGGAAUGGACGUCAAAGGACGGAUAGGAUUGGGAAUGUUUAGCCAACCCCCUGAUUAUAUCGCACCCCCUCCCUAUGACACCCCACGGAAACGUUCAUCUGUGACGCCGCAUUCCGAUAUCAAUCGGAUACAAGUCGAGAGAACUCGGGAGAAACCAGACAGAAACCAAAAAACAGACGUUGAAGAAUUCCCAAAGCAACGUAGCCGAGUCAACAAUGCGGACAUUCCGCAAGAACGAUUUCCACAGCCGGGAGAAUCGUCAUCAAAGGUGAUUGAAGGACGGAAAUUCCGAUUGAGUAAGAAGACCGGCGGGAUGACCAUCUUCUGUUUGGUGUCUCGGAUCGCAGGACCAACAGAACACGGGUCCUUCACACCUUCGGCAAACACCAAGAUCGGGAACUCUUCUACGGAUAAUCCGACAUCCAAGGUUGCAGACGAAGUAGACAAGACCACCAAAACAAAACAGAUGGAACCAAGUUCCAAAAAAAGUGUAGCACCUGAGGAAAAACUGACCGAGGAGUUCAAGACAAAUGACGCUAAGUUAGCACCACCUGCCAGAUAUCCUUUGUGGAAGGAGCCCAGUUUCACCAGGAAUCCACUCGGCAUGGAAGUCAGGAGACUGGAUGUGAAGAAAGGAAGUGAGUCCAAGGAAGGCGAAGAUCUCCUGGUGAUUGACACGACAUGCGUUGUGGUCAAAAUGGAGCUGAUUCAGUCACCCAAGAAGGAACACGUUCAUCUCUUAGAUAGCCGUUCUUCUCCUGUCCAAUCAGAAGACCUUCUGAAGCAGGACCGAGACCCUGAUCCAGUCAACCACAUUCCGAAUAACAGAAGUCUUAAGGACCAGAUGGACUCAGAUCCUGUAAUCCUUGAGAUUGACAGUGAAAACCCCAAGGACCUAGAACUUGAUCCAAACACGGAAGUCAACCACAUUCCGAAUAACAGAAGUUUUAAGGACAAGAUGGACUCAGAUCUUCUAACCCUUGAGAUUGACGGUGAAAACCUCGAGGACCUAGACCCUGAUCCAAACACGGAGGUCAACCACAUUCCGAAUAACAGAAGUCUUAAGGACAAGAUGGACUCAGAUCUUGUAACCCUUGAGAUUGACAGUGAAAACCCCAAAGACCUAAACCCUAUUCCAAACACGGAAGUCAACCACAUUCCGAAUAACAGAAGUCUGAAGGACAAGAUGGACUCAGAUCUCGUAACCCUUGAGAUUGACGGUGAAAACCCCAAGGACCUAGACCCUAAUCCAAACACAGAAGUCAACCAUAUUCUGAAUAACCGAAGUCUUAAGGACAAGAUGGACUCAGAUCUUGUAACCCUUGAGAUCGACGGUGAAAACCCCAAAGACCUAAACCCUAUUCCAAACACGGAAGUCAACCACAUUCCGAAUAACACAAGUCUUAAGGACAAGAUGGACUCAGAUCUUCUAACCCUUGAGAUCGAUGGUGAAAACCCAAAGGACCUAGACCCUGAUCCAAACACGGAAGUCAACCACAUUCCGAAUAACGGAAGUCUUAAGGACAAGAUGGACUCAGAUCUUGUAACCCUUGAGGUUCACGGUGAAAACCCCAAGGACCUAGAUCCUGAUCCAAACACGGAAGUCAACCACAUUCCGAAUAACAGAAGUCUUAAGGACAAGAUGGACUCAGAUCUUCUAAUCCUUGAGAUCGAUGGUGAAAACCCCAAGGACCUAGACCCUGAUCCAAACACGGAAGUCAACCACAUUCCGAAUAACCGAAGUCUUAAGGACCAGAUGGACUCAGAUCUUGUAACCCUUGAGAUCGACAGUGAAAACCCCAAGGACCUAGACCCUAAUCCAAACACAGAAGUCAACCACAUUCCGAAUAACCGAAGUCUUAAGGACAAGAUGGACUCAGAUCUUCUAACCCUUGAGAUCGAUGGUGAAAACCCAAAGGACCUAGAUCCUGAUCCAAACACGGAAGUCAACCACAUUCUGAAUAACAGAAGUCUUAAGGACAAGAUGGACUCAGAUCUUCUAACCCUUGAGAUUGACGGUGAAAACCCCAAGGACCUAGACCCUGAUCCAAAGAUGGAAGUCAACCACAUUCCAAAUAACAGAAGUCUUAAGGACAAGAUGGACUCAGAUCUUCUAACCCUUGAGAUCGACAGUGAAAACCCAAAGGACCUAGACCCUGAUCCAAACACGGAAGUCAACCACAUUCCGAAUAACAGAAGUCUUAAGGACAAGAUGGACUCAGAUCUUGUAACCCUUGAGAUCGACGGUCAAAACCUCGAGGACCUAGACCCUGAUCCAAACACAGAAGUCAACCACAUUCCGAAUAACAGAAGUCUUAAGGACAAGAUGGACUCAGGUCUUCUAACCUUUGAGAUCAACGGUGAAAACCCAAAGGAAUCCUUGGAGAAUCAAGCUGAAAGAAGCUCAUGUCUUGACAGGUUCUUGAAAAUGGAGCUUGAUUCUUCUCCAGAUCAUCACCAUGAAAUGAAAGAGAAGCUGUACCAAGACCCCACCAAAGAGGAGGAGCAUUCACAGAACCAGCAGGACCCAAACAAGGACAAGAUGUCCGAUGACUGGGUUGAAGAUGUUCUAGGAUCCCAGCAGUUGACCAACGGCCAACCCGGUCCAGAUGAUUACCAGCAGGUUGAAACAUCCGAGAACGUUCCAGUUGGACUGGAGGACGGAAGGGAUGAAGGUCAGCCUGGCACUCCACCUCCUCUCCAGUUAAAUCCUCCCUUACCUCCAUCUUCUCCAGAUGUUGGAGAGUCCAAUCCCACUUUCAUAUCCUCCCUUGAGUCGCUCCCAAGUAUUUCAGAGUCAGGAACCGAGGAGGGUCCAGAUGCUGAGUGGGGAACAUUGGACCCAGUUGAGGAUGGAGUACUUCAGCCUGGAACUGCUUCAUCGCUAACAUCUCUGAUUCCUUCUGCAACGGCAUCAGAGUCUGAUACUGAUGUUUCUGAGGAAGUCCAUCAGGAAUCUCCUACUGAUGGAACAAGCGAGGAACCGUUUGAAGGUGAUCACGUCCAAAUGGUAAGUGAUAUUUCUAUAGAACCUGUAGAGCAGAUGCCUGCAAUAACCAAAGAGGAACCAUCAGACUUCAACAUGGAGCACCAGGAGCUUUGUACUCAAGCAGAAGACAAUACAACAGAAGAGCAGAUCACAUGGUUGGAGGUCCAAACAGAGGAGAACCUGGAUGUGAAAGAGUCGCUUGAGGAUGAUAAAGAUCUACCAAGUCUGGAGGAACCGAUGGUAGAAUGUCAGAGUGCCAAAGAAGAUACCAAAGCCGUGUUUAAACUUCCGUCUCCUCCAUCUCCAUCAGACUUCAAAGUGGAGCACCAGGAGCUCCUUUGCACUCAAGCAGAAGACAAUAACACAGAAGAGAAGAUCACAUCAUUGGAGGUCCAAACAGAGGAGAAUCUGGAUGUCAAAGAGUCACUUGAGGAUGAUAAAGAUCUGCCAAGUCUGGAGGAACCGAUGGUAGAACUUCUGUUUCCUCCAUCACCAUCAGAGAUAAACCAUGAAGCUCAACCCCGAGGUCCAUCUCCACCACUGGACUCAAGAGAAGACCUCGCCCCCCAUGAAGAAACUGGAUCAACUCUCACUGCACCUCUUCUUCUGAUGGAGUUUAUCCCUUCUUCUGAAAGUUCUCCUCCUCCCGCAGGGAACUGUGUCCCUCCUGACGUUCCCCAAGGGGAGGUUCUUCACUACACCAACCCGUUGUGGGACGCAGUGAAUCGAAUUAGGAAACAUACAGCUCCUGAUUCCGAGAACGAAGAGGAGGAGGUGGCGGAGUUUUGGGAUCCAAGGAGUGUAGAAGGAGUGAGGGACAUCUUUGAGGAACUGGACGUGUCAGAGGACAUGGAGGUCGGAGAAAUGCUGCGACAUCCAUGGUGUGAGGAGGACACGUUUUCCUGCAGCAGCACCAGUAGUCAUGAUUCUGGGGACACGGUCGUUGUAGCAGAGGAGUUCCAGGAGGUCCAGGAGGCCCAGGAGGUCCAGGAGGAGCAGAUGGAGGAGGUUGGGAGGGGGUGCCUGGAUGAAAUGUCCAAUGCCAACACCCAUGAACAGGAUGGAGGUGAAGACGAGGAGGAUGAGUACCAGACUGGAACUAUGGACAAGGUAAUGAUGUAAUGUCCAACUUGAACACAAGGGGGAGCCAAAACUCAAAAACAACUCUGUAAUAGUUUUGAAUUGGUCUUCUUUUUAGUUCAACUAUUGGUACUUUUUAGUCGGAAUGUGGCGCCUUUAGUUGUGGAGUUAGUACUACAUAUAAUCCUGUGGCCAUUUAUGUUCAAAAUAUUAUAGGAAUAAUAAUACGCAUAUCUGAAUUAAGUGAAUUAUGAAGUGCAUAUUAUUAUUGUCGCGACUAUCCCCAAAGACAAUAUUGUCAUUUUCAUUAGCAUGUUUAUCACGAUACCUGUCAUGAUUUUUCUUCCAAUGGCUGCACGGUGAACAAGUGGUUAGCGCGCAGACCUCACAGCUCGGACACCCGAGUUCAAUCCCCACCCUCGGCCAUUUGUGUGUGGAGUUUGCAUGUUCUCCCUGUGCAUGCGUGGGUUUUCUCCGGGUACUAUGGACACCACAAUAUAUGAAGUUUUGAUUUAGUUUAGUUUUAUUUAGUUAUGUAUAUGUAUAAGAGUUAUCCUUUUUAAAAUGAUUAAAACACUGUACAGUUAAUAUUAGGCGUCUGUGUGGAGUUUGCAGUUUUCUCUGGGUACUAUGGACACCACAAAAUGUAAAGUUUUGAUUUAGUUUAGUUUUAUUUAGUUAUGUAUAUGUAUAAGAGUUAUCCUUUUUAAAAUGAUUAAAACACUGUACAGUUAAUAAAUAUUAGGCGUAUGUGUGGAGUUUGCAUGUUCUCCCCGUGCAUGCGUGGGUUUUCUCCGGUUACUUUGAAUUUUGAUUUUGUUUAGUUUUAUUUAGUUAUGUAUAUGUAUAAGAGUUAUACUUUUUUAAAAUGUAUAUGUAUCAAGUGAGUGAGUCAUUACCGUAUUCUGGAAAGGGACAAUUUCCUGCAAAAAAUAAAUAUAAAACAGCAGAUGCAGAUAAGACAACAGCAGAUGCAGAAAACCAACACAUUUUAUAAAAAAAAAAAAACUGGGAUGUUUGUAUAACUCAAACAUUGUAGAAAAGAAAUGAUAUUAAAAUAUUUGUCAAGUGUGUACAGUUGUGGAGUAACAGUAAAAGGAUGGGACUAAAUUAUGGAUCACUACAUACAAAAGUUUGGAUUUAAUAUCUGAUCUGAUGAUUGGAGAUAAUUUAUCUACAUCUCAAAGGAUUAUAUUUUAUAUGUCACCUCCAUUUAUACGCAGGAAGUCAUGAAGACAACCUUUCACAGUUUGAGUUUGGUCUGGAAAACAACUUAUCGUGAGGUAAAAAGAUGUAAAGGAGUGACAAAAAUGAGGCAAACGAGUCAAAACAAACAUCCCAUAAUCUCCACCAAACGCCGGAAUGAUUUUGUUGUGAGCCUUUGAAAAAAUGAUUAGGAUUUUCUUAAUUGAUAUGAUCUUCCACCCACGCCGCCACUGCCAUGGCGUGAACCGGCCGUUAUCAGCUGAGGGCCGCCAUGGCGACACGGUGUCAAAGUUCAUCAUGUGGGAUUUUCAGAGCGUGGUCGCAGAGGUCUGAGGGACAUAAAGAACAACGCCGUGGUUGCAAUUGGUCCGUGUGGUGAGAGAAUUAGUGUGUAAUAUUCUGGAAUAUUCCGAAUGGUGCGACGCUACAGGCUUUGGAUGUUUUGAUUGUUUUUUUUUUGGUUUUUUUUUAUACACACUUGAUAUUUAAAACCAAAUUUAAAAAUACACACAUACCCGUCCUCUUGCUGCAGAGUUUGUCUUU